AGAAAGCGGGUGAUGAUUGGCAAGGGGGUGGGUUUUGCUUCCCGGCGGGGUCCUGCGGAGUUGGCGGAGGCUCGUCGGGGGACUAGGGGACCGAUCUGCGUAGAAGCGGGUGGCGGGGAAGAGAGGGGAGGAGACCUCUGAGUGGGAAGCGGAGCCGGGGGCCUGGGACCCAUCGCGUCAGAGCCAGGCAAGUGAACCGGAGCAAACGACUUCAGAUCCAGUCCGCGCUGCUGCGGCUCCCGUUUGGGAUUUGAUUUGCAGCAUCUUCGAGCCUGUGCAACAAAAAACCGCCAAGCACGCCCACCCCUACCCCGGCACCCCGAUACGCACCCACUCCCUCCCGGGGACACAGCUGGGCGCGUCCACACCCGGCACCCCCACACCAUGUUGUGCGGAAGGACUUCUACUCCCCGCCUGUGUCGUUGAUGUCAGACCCCAGGCCAGCCUCCGGGCGCUGCAGUUCUCCCGGCUAAUGCUGAGGCUGCGGCUCCAGCUCUAGCACAGGAACCAGCCGCUGCCGCGCCCGGCCCCAGCGCCCACCGUCUGCAUGUGCCCGCCGUAGCCGCCUGCCCAGCCCGCAGCCCGCGCUCCCCGGAGCGCUGGAGACCACCGCGGGGGGCCCCUUCUGUCCUCGGGAGAAGCGGUCUUGGAGGUAUUGAUUUUGGUGGUUGGAUUUUUUCCGUGGAUCUAUCAAUUCACAAUUCGAAUUUGGAAGAAAGAAGGAAAACAUGACGUCUCCAGCCAAAUUCAAAAAGGAUAAGGAGAUCAUAGCAGAGUACGAUACUCAGGUCAAAGAGAUCCGCGCUCAGCUCACAGAGCAGAUGAAAUGCCUGGACCAGCAGUGUGAGCUCCGGGUGCAGCUGUUGCAGGACCUCCAGGACUUCUUCCGAAAGAAGGCUGAGAUUGAGAUGGACUACUCCCGCAACCUGGAAAAGCUGGCAGAGCGCUUCCUGGCCAAGACGCGUAGCACCAAGGACCAGCAAUUCAAGAAGGAUCAGAAUGUUCUCUCUCCAGUCAACUGCUGGAAUCUCCUCUUAAACCAAGUGAAGCGGGAGAGCAGGGACCACACCACUCUGAGUGACAUCUACCUGAAUAAUAUCAUUCCUCGAUUUGUCCAAGUCAGCGAGGACUCAGGAAGACUCUUUAAAAAGAGUAAAGAAGUCGGCCAGCAGCUGCAAGAUGAUUUGAUGAAGGUCCUGAAUGAGCUCUACUCGGUCAUGAAGACAUAUCACAUGUACAAUGCCGACAGCAUCAGUGCUCAGAGCAAGCUAAAGGAGGCGGAGAAGCAGGAGGAGAAGCAAAUUGGCAAAUCAGUAAAGCAGGAGGACCGGCAGACCCCACGCUCCCCUGACUCCACGUCCAACGUCCGCAUUGAGGAGAAGCAUGUCCGGAGGAGCUCAGUGAAGAAGAUUGAGAAGAUGAAGGAGAAGCGCCAAGCCAAGUACACAGAGAAUAAACUGAAGGCCAUUAAAGCCCGGAAUGAGUACUUACUGGCUUUGGAGGCAACCAAUGCAUCUGUCUUCAAGUACUACAUCCACGAUCUGUCUGACCUUAUUGAUUGCUGUGACUUAGGCUACCACGCUAGCCUGAACCGGGCGCUGCGCACCUUCCUCUCUGCUGAGCUGAAUCUGGAGCAGUCAAAGCAUGAGGGUCUGGACGCCAUUGAGAAUGCUGUAGAAAACCUGGAUGCCACCAGUGACAAGCAGCGCCUCAUGGAGAUGUACAACAAUGUCUUCUGCCCACCUAUGAAGUUUGAGUUCCAGCCCCACAUGGGGGACAUGGCUUCCCAGCUCUGUGCCCAGCAGCCUGUCCAGAGCGAGCUGGUCCAGAGAUGCCAACAACUGCAGUCUCGCUUAUCUACCCUAAAGAUUGAGAACGAAGAGGUAAAGAAGACAAUGGAGGCCACUCUGCAGACCAUCCAGGACAUUGUGACUGUUGAGGAUUUUGACGUGUCUGACUGCUUCCAGUACAGCAACUCUAUGGAGUCCGUCAAGUCCACAGUCUCAGAAACCUUCAUGAGCAAGCCUAGCAUCGCCAAGAGGAGAGCCAACCAGCAAGAGACAGAGCAGUUCUAUUUCACGAAAAUGAAGGAAUACCUGGAGGGCAGGAACCUCAUCACCAAGCUACAAGCCAAGCACGACCUUCUCCAGAAAACCCUGGGAGAAAGUCAGCGGACAGAUUGCAGUCUGGCCAGGCGUAGCUCAACCGUGAGGAAGCAGGAUUCCAGCCAGGCAAUUCCUCUGGUGGUAGAAAGCUGUAUCCGGUUUAUCAGCAGACACGGACUACAGCAUGAGGGAAUUUUCCGGGUGUCAGGAUCCCAGGUGGAAGUGAAUGACAUCAAAAACGCCUUUGAGAGAGGAGAGGACCCCCUGGCUGGGGACCAGAAUGACCAUGACAUGGACUCCAUAGCCGGCGUCCUGAAGCUUUACUUCCGGGGGCUGGAACACCCUCUCUUCCCCAAGGACAUCUUCCAUGACUUGAUGGCCUGCGUCACAGUGGACAACCUGCAGGAGAGAGCUCUGCAUAUCCGAAAGGUCCUCCUGGUCCUGCCCAAAACCACUCUGAUCAUCAUGAGAUACCUCUUUGCCUUCCUCAAUCAUUUAUCACAGUUCAGUGAAGAGAACAUGAUGGACCCCUACAACCUCGCCAUCUGCUUCGGGCCCUCACUGAUGUCAGUGCCUGAGGGCCACGACCAGGUGUCCUGCCAAGCCCACGUGAACGAGCUGAUCAAAACCAUCAUCAUCCAGCAUGAGAACAUCUUCCCCAACCCCAGAGAGCUGGAGGGCCCCAUCUACAGCAGAGGAGGAAGCACGGAGGAUUACUGUGACAGCCCUCACGGCGAGACUACCUCGGCUGAAGACUCAACCCAGGAUGUGACCGCAGAGCACCACACCAGCGAUGACGAGUGUGAGCCUAUUGAGGCCAUUGCCAAAUUUGACUACGUGGGCCGGACAGCCCGAGAGCUGUCCUUCAAGAAGGGGGCAUCCCUGCUGCUUUACCAGCGGGCUUCCGACGACUGGUGGGAAGGCCGGCAUAAUGGCAUCGACGGACUCAUCCCCCAUCAGUACAUCGUGGUCCAAGACACGUUGAUAUCCUGAAUGAGUCUGCACCCUCCCAGCCUCUCCCCGGCUCGUUCUACGGGGAAAUCCUCCCUGUUGAUAACAUCGCAAACCUGGUGGCCAUCUGUGCGUGGACAGGACCCUCCCAAAUUUAGCAUUAUGACUUCACUACAGGACCGAGAGAAGAUGAAUUGUGAGGGAGAAGGGGCUCACUUUGUCAUCAGUAGCCAGAGGGGCCAGGAGAGCAGUGGAGAGACCUGGGACUGGCUGGACGCCCUAAGCGGGGCUGGAUGCGCUACGACAGAGUGUGGCGGUGUCCUGCCUCAGCGCCGGCAUAUCCAGAGCCACCGCAGAGCUGACUGUCCUUACCUGGCAGUGCUGGGACCUCAGCAGCUAAACCGCCACCUGGACUGGCCGCCUCCUUCUCCAGGAGGUGGCCCAGCACAGCUGCCCCAGGAAAGCAGCAUGGGCUAGAAGGCAGAUGCCUUGAAUUCAGGUGUCCCCUAGCCCAUCUUUCCAGAGGAGCUCGGGAUCCCGCAAAACUCAGUGGGACUAUUUAUUUUUAUUUAAACAACCCUCCAAAGGCCCUUAGGUUCCCUGCCUCUGCUCACAGAGCCGGCCCAGCCAGCCAUCGCCGCUGCCUCCAAGCCGUCGUGGGGUUGCGUGUGUGUCGGGGGGCCAUCUUGCUGAUUUAACACUGCUUUUUGUGUUGUUGUUGUUUUCCCCUCUUCCCUGCCUGCCUGCCCCAUCUCCCCAGCGAGGACGGUGUCGUGGAGAGGUCCAGCCCAAAGUCUGAGAUUGAGGUCAUUUCUGAGCCACCUGAAGAAAAGGUGACAGCCAGAGCGGGGGCCAGCUGUCCCAGUGGGGGUCAUGUAGCCGAUAUUUAUCUUGCAAACAUCAACAAGUAAGCUCUGCUUUUCAUUUUCUGCUCCCCUGAACGACUUGUAACACCCAGCCUCACCCUGUGGCCUAACCCCCUCUCCAUUCCUGUGCUGCACGUAGGGCUCCCAGCUCCCCAGGCCUAACAGUUUGCAUGUGCUCAUUGCUGCUACAAGGCGGUCAGGGCCGAGGAAGCGUCCACAGUCCUCGUGGGCAGGUCCCGGUCUCCAGCAGCUGCUGUCAUGCUGCGGAAGGUGCUCCACUCUGUGUGCCUGCAGCAUCUGUCAGCUCAGACCUUCCCGGCUAUCUGACUGCGGAAACUUGGGCCAAAGCUUUGGUCACUUUAUGCAACUUGGUUUUGUACUGUUUCUCAGAGGUGCCUUCUCUUUUCCAUCCUUACUCAAAUAAUAGUCUUUAGUGUCCUCUUUGGCCCUUGUCUGUCCAGAGACCCCAAGUCUUGUGUGUCUUCUCCGAGGCUCGCAUUCCCCCAGAUGGGUAUGUUUAGACAUCAUGUGUCUGUUUCUCCCCAUCCUGCUUCACUCAGGAAAGGAGACCACCACGCCCCCAAGGAAGGCUUUGUCCUGAACUCUUGAUUCAUCAUCUAACCCCUAGCUCCCUUUUCUUCUGCCCUUUCACACCGGUAGAAAUAACUUUCCGUUUUUUCCCUGUUGCUUUGGCCCUGUGUAUUAUCCGUCCCUGUUAGUCCCUUUGCAGAUUCCCACUCCUGUCCAGCAGGCUCUUAACUCUGCCCCCAGCUUUCAUUGUGGCUGUUAGCAACGUGCUGGAGUUUUAACUCCACCCACACCCUAUCUGACUGUCUAGAGGGAUUCCACGCCUGUGUGCUGCUGCCUCCCCUAGAGACAUUCAGGUUAUUGGAGAACUAAUCUCAUCCCAAGGGGCCAGACACCAAGUCCCAAAGCCAACAGACCUCUUUCCACCAGACCCUGAAACUUGGCCCAGUGCCAGCAGGAUGACAAGCCCCAGGGUACUCCUGAUGAAUAUGGAUUGGAGAUGAUGUACAGUUUUUAUUCCCCUCUGGCUUUGGAGGAAUGAAAUGAUUUGCACAUUGAAAACCUGUUAACCAUAGCCUCUGGACACUGAAACUGGAAGGAGAAUAAAAGAUGCUUGUUGUUUUUAAACUG